CACAUCUAUCAAAUAUCGCACUGAAAAUCUGGUUUGAAACCACCUAUAAUCAGUCAAUCAACCCAUCCUCUGUAUCCCGAAUCAUUUCAUCCGAUUCCGCCUCCUUUGAUGAAGCCACCAACCGCCACCAAGAGAAGCGACGACGUACCGAGAACUGGCCAGAAUUAGAGAAGGCUAUCUUUGAGUGGACUCAACGUGCAGAGGAGCAUAUAUCAAUAUCUCAGGAGGUUAUACGGGAGAAAGCAAGGCAAUAUUGGCAAACUAUCUAUCCAGGAAGGGAGAUGCCUUCUUUCAGCAAUGGCUGGCUCCGUGGCUUUCAAUCACGCUGGAGUAUUCAACAGAAUAUACAGUAUGGUGAAGCUGGUAGUCUCUCCCAAGAUGCUGGUGCUGAGAUGGCUAGAAUCUGCCAAGUUUUAAGCACCUAUGCACCUCAAGAUAUCUAUAAUUGCGAUGAGACAAGCCUAUAUUGGAGGAAGAUCCCCAACCGGAGUUUAUCAACACGCUCACUUCCUGGAUGAAAGAAAGAUAAAGCAAGAAUUAGCUGCAAGAAGGCCAAAGGCUUUUGUGACUGCUGGAAUCAAUAUUGAAAAUCUUGGAUGUGUUUGGCGGAGCAAUAAAAAGGCCUGGAUGACUGGAGAGAUCUUUAAAGAAUGGCUUAUAUGGUUUGACAAGAAGAUGGCUGGAAGAAAGGUUGUUCUUCUUUUGGACAACUUCUCUGCGCAUGAGGCUGCAUUCAGAGAUAUAGGGCCACAGCUGCAGAAUACUCUAGUCAUCUGGCUUCCUUGCAACUCAACCACACGAUAUCAACCUCUAGACCAGGGAAUUAUCCAGACUUGGAAAGCAUACUGGCGCCGGCAAUGGGUUCUUUUCAUGAUGGAUCAAUUUGAUAAAGGAUAUGAUCCUUUGUCAACUAUGACAAUCCUUCAGGCUGUCCGAUGGGCUAUUUCAGCAUGGAAUCUGGAUUUGGCAGAGGAUACCAUUCAGAACUGCUUUAAAAAGGCUUUUUCCUCUGAGGAUACAAGAGAAAUACACUGUCAGGCAGUUAUCAAUGAGAUUACUUGCGGAAUUCAGCAACUGCAGGUGUCAAAUAACAUCCAUGAUGCCAUGGAUAUACACCAGUUCCUAAAUCCAGAAGAAGAGAAGGUUGACGACAGCUUAGCAACUGCAGAUGAUCUAAUUCUAAGCCAGUUUUCAUCUGCAAGCAUGCCAGAAGAAGAGGAGGAAGAGGAAGAAAACUAUGAGUCUCUUCCACAGAUAUCUAUAACAGAUGCUUUGGAGAGUCUAUAUAAACUCCGGCUUUUCGAGGAGCAGCAGGUGGAUGGAAAUAAGGCCUUAAUCCAGCAACUUCUCUUCCAUGAGAGGACCCUUUUGAGAAAGAAGGUUAGCAGACAGCAGCAGAGUGAUAUAUGAGACUUCUUUUGUAAUUAGAUGACGUCUAUAUAUAUAUUUAUGGCAGCAAGCUCGUAUAAUCCGAUAUAAGCAAUACUCCGUUAUAAGCAAUUUCCGCGACCUGCCGAAAUAGUUGCUUAUAACGGGGUUUUACAGUAUA